UGUGAUUGCGGUAUUGUUCCUCCAUAGGCUUUUCUAAUAACAUCCCAUCGUCGUCCCCCUUGUCCUGGGUUUGUCCGGGGAGCGGACAGGCGGACCGCCGCAGUGCAGCAGUGUUGGUCCGGGACAAGCCUGGCACUAGAAUGGAUUUGUUCAGCCGCAAAACCAUUCAGUCCAAUACAAACGUGGUUAUAAAUGUCAGCAGUAACCCCCUGGCUGUGAUCACCGUAUAGUUCCCUGUUUUGGCCAAUGCUUGCUGCGCUACAGCAUGACCACAGCAGCGUCUGCUCAUCUGGUAGUUCUGGCAAAUGAAAAUGGAGGAGGUUUCAAUGUCCAGCCUGGACAACAGCAAGCUGGAGGGUCUAGCUCAGGACAUCCUGUCUGACCUGGUGGAGGAUGCAUGCCUCGGUCUUUGCUUCGAGGUCCAUCGGGCUGUCAAGCAGGGCUAUUUUUUCCUGGAUGACACGGACCAAGAAAGCAUGAGGGACUUUGAAAUAGUGGACCAGCCAGGAUUGGAUGUGUUUGGCCAGGUGUACAACCAGUGGAAAAACAAGGAGUGUGUAUGUCCCAAUUGCAGUCGGAGCAUCGCUGCCUCAAGAUUUGCCCCACACCUGGAGAAAUGUCUGGGAAUGGGACGCAACAGCAGCCGCAUAGCCAACCGCAGAAUAGUCACCGGUAACAACACGAACAACAAGUCAGAGAGUGACCAAGAGGAUAAUGAUGAUGUUAAUGAUAAUGACUGGUCUUAUGGAGCAGAAAAGAAAGCCAAAAAAAGGAAAUCUGAUAAGAACCCGAACUCACCCAGAAGAUCCAAAUCAUUCAAGCAUAAGAGCAGCAUGAUGGGUCCUCGACGUCGAAUGGACAACCAGGAAAGCCCACGCAUGCUGAUGAAAGAUGAGGCAUUCCCUCAGUAACACACCCAGCCACAGAUAAACAUUCUCCAACCAUUGUGUGCACAUAUACACACAGGAAGACCAAUAGCCUUCAGCCUUGGUUCUUUUAGUGGUGAAAUCAAUGGACAUUGAUGUUAUAGGUGACAAUUAUGGUGUUUACUUCUCUGUAGAGGCGGUCCAGACCUCCUUCAGUAUGUACUUGACAGAUCUUUUGACAGAAUCAUCGUACCAACACUCGUGUUUCUUUCUUUUUUUUUUUUGCUCCGUUAACUUUAUUCUGGAAUUAUUUGCUGGAGCCCAAAGUAAUGAAUAUAUCCACAUACUGUACAAUUUCAUUGCACACAUUGUGUGUAAUCCAUUCAGAGGCCAAGCAGAGGCAGCUGUGUGACAGCGUGUGCACAUAGAGUAUGUUGUUUCUAAAAACACAGAAAUAAAUAUGCAUUAGGUGUUCUUAUAGUUUCUCGCCUUUUUAAAUAUUACAAAAUUAUGUCAAAGUGUCACAUUACCUGUCAGACAAUCAUUACUAAUGGUUUGUCUUAUUUUCACAUUCACUGUCAGGCUCAUUGUCCUCCAGCUGAAUUACAACAGUAUGUGUGUGAAACAACGAAGUCGUCAUUCACCUGUGGAAACUUGUUUUGAGAUGUUCAGUAAAUGAAGCCCUAAUUGUAAAAGCAGGUGUUCUCUGCAGAAAAACAGGUUUAUUUUAUUUCAUUUUUUUGGUGGAUAGAUCGGCUUGUUUUCUAGCAUUCAAAAAGUUUUUGUAUCAUGUGUUUACAUUGUAAAGGGUUACAUAUAUCCUUGGUGUGAUGUGAUAGUGUAAAUAUUCCAAUAGUUGAAUUGCUGCUAUCAUGGCUCAGUAUGUUUCAUCUGUUUAGCAUAAUAAAUGAUUUGUUACCUGUCCUUAGGUCUCAUGUUUAUGUACAACCCAAUCAGGUAUUCACUGUGAAUUUUAAUGGAAAUGAAACAACAGCAACUGAUUGCAUCCCUGCACAAGUCAUGAUCAAACUAUUUAGAUUACAUGUAAAGAAAGAGUACCCAAUCUUAAAAGUUGAGACUUGCCAACAGGGGAUGCUGUUGAUUAAUUUGUGUGGCCUAGAAAUUUUCAUUUUGUAGGUAUGAGUUUGAUAAAUGUAAAUGCUGCUGUGUUUUAGUUUGUUAUGCGUGAUAUGCAGUGCCUCUUCAGAAUAAAGUGAUCCGUGCUGA